AUGAAUGAGUUGUUGUUGGUAGAGUCAAUCGUCAUAGCCCGUGUCCAAGUGCUCAUGAUCAACGACAUACCUGAUCUUACGCCGGUGACAUUCCAUUGCCAAUCACAAGGUAGAGAUCUCGGCGUUCGUAAUGUCCCAACCAACGGCCCGGUUGAGUGGUACAUGGACAUUUAUAAUACGAAAAACGAGGCAGCCUACUGUGACUUGAGAUAUAGAGAUUUGCAUGGCAGUUUGGACAUAUACGAAACCAAGAGAGAUUAUCGUACUGGUAGGUGUCGUAAUAAUCAGUGUCUUUGGAGUGUGAGGAAAGAUGGAUUGUAUCUCUACAACAAGAAAGCAGAUAUUUAUGAGUUCCAGUUUGGCUGGGAAGUGAAUCAGUGA